GUGGUUUCGCAUGUUUAUAAGGGUACACACUUGGUUUAAGGGUGGAUGAAAUUGAAUGAUAUACCUCAUUUAAAAAAUGCAGGGCAGACAAGCUUUCUUGGAUGGAUCCUGCUGUCGCAGAAGACCUUUAAAAGAAGUCAAGAGCGAUGCCUGACUUCUUUGUUCUUUAUCUCUGGUGCACCCUUGUGGAAUAUUUUGUGACUGGUUUAGUCCCCUUAUCCAACUCACGCCCACUUUACAGUCCUAUAAGCUUUCUUAAUGAAACCCCUCCUCUAGGACUCAAAGAGCCCUCGGCCACACACACAAGUCUACCUAAAGUCAUACAAAGAGAGAAAAGGAUAAAGAUUUAUUUAGACAGCCAUGUUUUCCCUGUGCUCUUUCCUGUUGGCUGGACUUGUAUGUCAGAGUUUGGGUCAGUAUGAUUACUAUGAAGAAUACUACGUCCCCUCCGCACCACUAGAGGCCAUAUUAUCACCCACUUGUGCCCAGGAGUGUGAAUGUCCCAUCAGCUUUCCCACUGCCAUGUUCUGCAAUGAACGCAACUUGAAGUUCAUCCCCAUUGUGCCGAGUGGAAUCAAAUACCUCUACCUGCAGAACAACUAUAUUAAGGAGAUCAAGGCCGGUGUGUUUGAUAAUGUCACCGACCUUCGCUGGCUUGUUCUCGAUAACAACAACAUCACCAGCGACAAAAUCCAGGCAGGUACCAUUGAUAAACUAGGCAGCUUGGAGAAGCUCCUCUUCAGCAACAACAAGUUGACCAAACCCCCCGGCCCUCUUUCCAAGUCUUUGGAUGAGUUGAACCUGGUUGGCAACCAGCUGAGCUCAUUCCCUACUAACACUUUGUCUGGAAUGGAAAACCUAACCACCCUUCACCUGUCCAAGAACAAACUGACCACUGAGAGCAUCACAGGUGCCUUCAAAGGCCUAAAGUCCCUUGUUCUGCUGGACAUGAGCGAGAACAAGCUGAAGAAGCUUCCGGCAGGAGUUCCACCUUCGCUCUUGAUGCUCUAUGCUGACAAUAAUGAUAUUGACAGCAUCCCUAAUGGCUACCUGGCCAAACUGCCAGCCCUGCAGUAUCUGCGUAUCUCCAAUAAUAAGUUGGCGGACUCUGGAAUCGCUGCUGGUGUCUUCAAUGUGUCUUCUCUCCUUGACCUCGACCUGUCUUUCAACAAGCUGAAGACCAUUCCAGAAAUCAACGAAGCUCUUGAGCACCUGUACCUGCAAGCCAAUGAGAUUAACAAGUUUGACCUAUCAAACAUCUGCAAGUUCAGCUCUCCUGUCAACUACUCCAGGCUGAGGACCCUGCGCCUGGAUGGGAACAACCUCACGCACAGCAGUAUGCCAGAUGACACUUCCAACUGCCUACGCCAGGCCUCAGAGAUCAUCUUUGAUUAGAGUUUAGAGCUGAUAAGCUGCCAAAGCAUUCUUUAGCACAUCAAACAAAAUAAGGUUAUUGCAUUUAUAUAUGCUGACUGAUAUCUACACGCCCUUCAUGACCCUGGUUAUUUGCAGACUUAUUACAACAUUUACUCUCUAAAAUGUUGAUUUGUUUUUAUUAUUAAAAAUAGGCAGCAAUAUUUAGGAAUCUUGAAAAUCCGGCACAUAAUAUAUCAUUGUCUUGUAUGAUACUGUAUGAAGAAUAGUACCUGAAUAAUGAGAGGAACAUUUGUUGUUCAUAACAGUCCAUGAGACAUUUAAGCACAUGCUUAGAUAUUCUGAUCUAGAGAGAACCUUUUUUGUGCAUAAAAGAGGUGAAUUAAAUCAAAACAUAUAGCUUCCAUCUAAAUGAGUUUGUGCAAGAUCAUCUAAAUUCAUCUGUGCAUGUUAAACACCUUAAUCACUCAAAAUGUUUUACAAAAUGCUAUUGCUGUACUCAUUUUAAUGAUAAGCCUGCUGGGAAGGAAAUUAGAUUGUUUAAUAUAUUGUUUAAAUAUAUUUCCUCAAACUGUCUAAAAAAUUAGAAAAUGCUAUUUUGAAGGCUAUCUUGAAUUCAACUGAAAUUGAAGUUAUUUUCAUAGUUCCAAUGAUGCAUAAUUAAAAUAUGGCUGGACUGAGAGUAUAUAUAAAGACUUGCAGUGACGAAAUGUUGUAUUAACAGCAAUAGUAACUAUAACUAUCAGCAGCUUGAAUUUCUUAACACUGCCAACAUUUAUACAAUAUUAUAUCUGCAUGCAGUUCAUCUUACCCUGUGUAACAGUAAUAGCUUUCAGUUCUAUGGCAACAGCAUUGGACAUUUUUUAUGUAUGCAAUAUACCAUUUCACAUCAUCAGAAUGUCAUUCAACUUAUUAAAGUCACAUGACUACAGUAA